CACCUUGGGAGCCACACCUGGGGCCCAGAGCCACCGCUCAGCACGCGGGCACGCGGCGGGAGGGAAGGAAACCGCGGCGCUGGGGAUGGAGAGGGGGAAAGUGAAGAAGAAAGAGAAGGAAAAGGAGACGGAGAAGGAGAAAAUCAGAGAAAAGGGAAAGGAAGAGAAAGUGAAAAGAAAGGAGGUGGAGCAGAAAAUUAAAGAAAAAGAAAAGGAGAAGCAAGAGAAGCAGGAGAGGAGAAAGAGAAAAGAGAAAGAGGAAAAAAGGACAAAGCAAGGGAAGGAGACAAAGAAAGAGAAGGAACAAUUUAAGGGACAAGAAGAGGAAGGGGAGAACAAGGACAGCACCUUGACAAGGACCCCGCUCGAGCCGCUGGAGAAAAACAAGCAAAUCCUAGUGCUGGGCCUGGAUGGAGCAGGAAAAACCAGUGUCCUCCACUCUCUAGCUUCAAACAGAGUCCAGCAUAGUGUGGCACCCACCCAAGGUUUCAAUGCAGUUUGCAUCAACACUGAAGAUGGCCAAAUGGAGUUCCUGGAGAUUGGUGGCAGUGAACCUUUUCGGUCCUACUCGGAAACAUACCUAUCCAAGGGAUUGCUGCUUAUCUUUGUGGUGGAUUCAGCAGAUCACAGCCGAUUACCUGAAGCCAAGAAAUACCUUCAUCAGCUAAUUGCGGCAAACCCAGUACUUCCUCUGGUUGUGUUUGCAAACAAACAGGAUCUUGAAGCAGCCUAUCACAUUACAGAUAUCCACGAAGCUUUGGCAUUAUCUGAAGUGGGAAAUGACAGGAAGAUGUUCUUGUUUGGAACCCACGUGACUAAGAAUGGCUCAGAGAUACCACCCACCAUGCAAGAUGCCAAAGACUUGAUUGCACAGCUGGCUGCAGAUGUGCAGUGACCAGGACUCAGCCCACUGUGCGGCUCACGACUGAAAUGUCAUCAGUGUUGAAUGGCAGGCUUGAAGCCAAAGGUUUCCACUUUCAAAUAAAAAUUAAGCCAUUUCCUA